CUGGAGCCCCACCCUUCAUCUGCCGUCAUCGCCAGGAGACCUGAGACUCUCUCCCGUCAGGAUCUCGAACUCGUUUCUAGAUACGGAGAAGGCCGAUAUCUCAAGGAGGUGGCGACCCAACAGGGAGCGUACGAGUCGCUGCACAGGGACAUGAAGAUUGGAUUCGGCAAAUGGGAAUUCGACCCGAUGGCGAUGGACAAUCCGUUGCCCAACGACGAAGGGAAAGUUCAUCUGUGGCAAGGGGAUGAGGACAAGAAAGUGCCGGUGGAUUUGCAGCGUUUCAUUGCUAAGAAGCUGCCAUGGAUUCAGUACCACGAGCUGCCAGGGGCCGGGCACGCCUUGCACUACGUUCCUGGAAUGAUCGAGGGAGUUCUCAGAGCUCUGUUGGUUGGGGAAGAAGGCAAGUAGGAAGAGAC